UCGUUCAUAUGAUAAAUGGCAAAUAAAAGUGAAACACAGGAGGAGCGCUUGGGGCAUCGUAGACAGCCAGCCAUAGGCAAAGCUAUGCCAGUGACAGCUUUGCUAUUGAAUCUAAAACUGAAUAAUAAGCCAAGUCAUGCACGCAGCGCUGCAGCUGCGGAGGAGGAGGAGGCGGCUGAGCUGCCGCCGCGUUACUUUAGCGUUAAUGAGCAGCAGCCGCCAGAUCAGAAUGAUCCUCAUACUUCACACUGUGGUGCUCAACAGCUGCCAAAGGAGCUGCCGCCGCCUUGUUUGAACUGCUUGCAACAAGCGCCCGCGCAUCUCAGCGCCGCCUCUUUGACCAUCAAUGAGAUGUGUCAACGUUUGUGCAACGACGAGUGCCGCAUGGGCUUGACUUUGACUGGACAGGAUGCUGCGCAGCUGCGUCGCAAGGACUUCCUUAAGCAAUUCGAAAUUGCGGAAGCGCUGGCCAAGACCUCGGCAAUGACCUCGACAACGCAAAUGAAACAGCGUCUGGCCGCACGCAAACUGGAAAUGAAAAUGGAGGAGACACAAUCAGCAGCAGCAGCAGCAGCAGCAGCAGCGGGCAGCACCACACCCAGCGACGAGAUCGAUGGAGACACAUUGCCGCCAAGCAACGAUUAUGAGGCAGCGCCGCCGCCGCGAGAUUUGCUGUUGUAUCUUGUAAGGAUGGGCUCUUUUAACUCGGCGCCAAAGAUCAACAAUGUAGACUCGCAGGACGAUGGUCUGGAGCUGCCCAAGGGUCUGAGCACCUCGGCGCUGCUGGAGCAUGUGCAGCAACUGCGCGGCGGUGGCAUUGAUCAGCCCUCACUGCUGACGCGCAGUUUUCUGAAACCAACGCUCAACAGCGAGGACGUCACCGACGGUUUGCGCAGUCUCAAUAUCAAUGCUGUAUCAAGAGUUUGCAGUGCACCAGUCGAGCGUCUGGGCUCCAACAAUAUACGUCUGCUGCAGUGGAACAUUUUGUCGCAAACGCUGGGUCAGCACAACGAUGGCUUUGUGCGCUGCCCUGAGGAAGCUUUGACCUGGCAGCAUCGCAAGUACUUGAUUGUUCAGGAGAUACUGCAAACCCAGCCGGAUGUUGUUUGUCUGCAAGAAGUGGAUCAUUUCAAGUUUCUGCAAACAGUGCUGGGUGCUCAGAACUAUGCGGGCAUCUUUUUUCCCAAGCCAGACUCGCCUUGUCUCUACAUAGAGCAGAACAAUGGACCCGAUGGCUGUGCCAUAUUCUACAAACGCGAUAAGCUGCAGCUGCUGGGCUAUGAGACGCGCAUACUGGAGGUUUGGCGCGUCCAAAGCAAUCAGGUGGCCAUUGCGGCGCGACUGCAGCUGAAGGCGUCCGGCAAAGAGUUUUGCGUCUGCACUACGCAUCUGAAGGCGCGUCAUGGCGCUUUGCUGGCCAAGCUGCGCAACGAGCAGGGACGCGAUUUGAUACGCUUUGUUAAGCAAUUUGCUGGCAAUAGCGCGUUAUUGUUAUGCGGUGAUUUCAAUGCGGAGCCAGUUGAGCCCAUUUAUGCUACAAUUUUAAGCUGCGACCUGCUGAAGCUGGGCAGCGCCUAUGCGGACAUAAAGCUGGAGAAGCAGCAGCAAAAAGUACAAAGCGAACCUUGCGAGGAUCUCAAUGAGCUCGUCGCUCAGUCCAAAGAACGCGAGCCCGCCUACACUACAUGGAAGAUACGCGAGGAGGGCGAAGAGUGUCAUACCAUUGACUAUGUUUUCUAUACGCCCGAUCAGCUUAAGAUCAAAAACUGUCUGGAGUUUCCGGCAGGCGAACAGAUUGGUAAAAAUCGCACGCCCAGCUUUCAAUAUCCCUCGGAUCAUUUCUCGCUGGUCUGUGAUUUUGAGCUGCUGGACGAGAGUCAAACGGAGGUGGAGGGCAACAGUAAUUCAAACCAUGGCAAUAUACAGUAGAUUUUAAACGCCUCAAAUUUAGACAGAUAUACACAUACUGCAAUUACAUUUAAAAUUGUGAUAUUAGUUGUUAGAUACAUUUUAGCCUCAUCUAUGGUUUGUUGCACACGCAAACACUUGCUACAGGAAAUAAACGGAAAAUACUUCACAAUAAAUAAUAAUAAUAUGG